UGUUAGCCGCAGCUCUCCGGCUGCCUUAUAUAAACACAGCAGGCUCGCAGUUCUGUGGCUAAUGUUUGUUGGAUUCACACGGUUCCUUCUGGCAGUUUCACCGUCAUGAGUUUGUUACCCACUGUCACUGAGUCCGUGGGCUUGACCGGCUGGUAGAUUAAGCUUUUCACUUUAGAUGAUUUAGUCUCGGUGUAACGAAACGCUUUUUUUUUUCCUCAAAGAAGUGCGUUUUUGUUUUGUGGACUGCCUGCUUUGUUUUUAGCGGACAUCAGGGUUGUUGACGACAUGGAGUGGUUUAAGAAGACGUUUUCUGAGAACCCUUAGUCUUUAUUAUAACUUAUUUAGGGGAAAAAACAACAGUUUAUGUCAUUUCCAUUUGGCAAAGCCUUCAACCUGUUCCAAUGGCCGUCACUGGGAGCCGAUCAGAGCGGUGGUUCGUUUCAAGAACGAAACUUUUAAACGACAGCGACGAACAUUUUGGGAAAGCGACGAUUUGUAAUCAAAGAGAACUGUGUCUGCUUCGGGCAGACCGACGCUGAGUGUCUUAUUUAGUUUCUUUGAAAUCACCGUGAGGGAGGAGGUGGAAGAUGGAGACAGGAGUGCUGCCCCACCAGGGCGACCUGCUCCUCCACCCGCUCUCCAACCCCGGAGCCGCGGGCCUCUGCCCCGAAAUGCUGGAGGUGGCCGACGAGGCCAACCGGGCCGGUGACUUUAACCUGGCCGUGGAGAUCUACAGCUCCCAGCUCGCCGACCUCCAGCAGCCCGACCGGGGCUUGUGUCUGAGGAAGGGCGACUCCCUCGCCCGCGCCGGGCGGAUAUCCGAGGCGCUGGAGGCGUACUGCGCGGCGGCCAGCCUGGGCAAGCUGCGGCCGGACGAGCUGCCCGCCCUGGUGGAAGCCAUCGCCCGGACGCUCCGCGGCAAGGAGCUGGGCCUCCCCGUCGCCCCGAGCGGGCAGACGAAAAGCGGCGGCCAGGAGGGGGCUCAAAACGACGGGGAGUGCGAGGAGGACGAAGCCCCGGACAUGUUCUCCUGCGGCCUCUGCAAGUGUCUGCUCCACGAGCCCGCCACGCUGGACUGCGGGCACACCUUCUGCAAGCGGUGCCUGGAGGACGACUCGGUCACGGACUGCGCGAGCUGUGAGCAGAAGGUGGGCCAAGGCGAGCGGCGGGUCAACGUGGUCCUCAGCGGCCUCUUGGACAAACUGUUUGAGGCCGAGAGCCGAGCCAGGAAGAUGUGGGUGGAGGGGGAAGCCUGGUGGAGGAGACGGGACCUGGCGGAGGCCUUGGAGAGGUACAACGCGGCGAUAGAUCUGGUGCCCUCUUCUGGCCGCCUGCUGUGUCAACGGGCCGAGCUGCACAUGGAGAUGAGGAACUUCAGCCAGGCGGCGCAGGAUGCCAACAGCCUCUGCAGGUUAAAACCUCUCUGGACCAAGGCCCACUGUCUGAAAGCCACGGCGCUGAGCAAAGCCGACCGCAACGACGAGGCCCUGCAGGAGUACUUCCUGUGUUUGGCGCUUAAGCCGGACUGGACCAAAGUCAAGCUGGAGGCUCAGAAGGUGCUCAGUGAGGUGUUUUCCUCCGUGUUCGAGAACCAGGACAUGCCCACGCCUCUGCACCCCCUGCAGGGAGGGUUCGCCACGCGUCUGAUCAAACCCCCCGCCUUGAUCCAGUCGCUGAGGCCGCUGACGCAGAAACCAGGCUGCUCCUCACAGGACUCGGAGUUCAGCGUAGCAAAGAGCACUCCUGUGGACGGAUCACCUUCCGAGCUCUGUCCCCCGUCUCCUGCUAAAUCGGACCCGGCCGCUGGGGAGGGCGGCUCCAAAAGUCUGGCUGACGUUUUGGCCUCGCUUCCGGCGCCCCACGGUGGACUAAAGAGGAAGCACAGCAGUGACGGGGCCUCAGCACCUUUCAACCCUCCAUCCAAGCUUUCCAAACCAGACGACGGGAACGCGGUUCAGAAGGCGUCAGUCUGCGGAGGGAGAGCGGUUCCUGCUGAUCUGCUGGACAGCGGAGACCUGGAGUGCUCGCUAUGCAUGAGGUUGUUCUACGAGCCCGUGGCCACUCCCUGCGGUCACACCUUCUGCCUUAAAUGUCUGGAACGCUGUUUGGACCACAACCCCAACUGCCCUCUGUGCAAGGAGAAUCUAGCAGAGUUUCUUGCUACCAGAGGUUACAACAAGACCUUUCUGAUGGAGGAAUUCCUGCAGCGGUACCUUGGAGACGAGCUGGCAGAGCGGAAGAAGAUCCACGAAGAAGAAAUGAAGGAGCUGUCCAAUCUGAACCAGGAAGUGCCCAUCUUCGUGUGCACCAUGGCCUUCCCCACCAUCCCCUGCCCGCUGCACGUGUUCGAGCCGCGCUACCGCCUCAUGAUCCGCCGCUCCAUGGAGACGGGCACCAAGCAGUUCGGCAUGUGCAUAGCAGACGAGCUCAAAGGCUUUGCCGACUACGGCUGCAUGCUGCAGGUGCGAGACGUGAAGUUCUUCCCCGACGGCCGUUCAGUGGUCGACACCAUCGGCGUUUCGAGGUUCAAGGUCAUCAGCCACGGACAGAGAGACGGCUACCACACGGCGAAGAUAGAGUACCUGGAGGACAGGAAGGUUGAAGGGGAGGAUCUAGUGGAGCUCCUGAAGCUGCACGACUCUGCAUAUGAGCAGGCUAACAACUGGUUCACAUCGCUGAAGGACAACAUGAAGAGUCAGAUACUCAGCCACUUUGGACAUCUACCCAGCAAGGACCCAGACCCACAGGCCUACCCUGAAGGUCCCGCCUGGUGCUGGUGGCUUCUCGCUGUCCUUCCACUGGAGAGCAGAGCCCAGCUCACCAUCCUGGCCAUGAACUCCCUGAAGGACCGUCUCAUCGCCAUCCGGAGGGUCCUCAUCUUCGUCACCCGCAAGAGGCCGCGGUGAUGGGACCGGCCGCUCCUUUGGCCCCGCUCUGGCACCUAUGCAGUUCGGACGUACCAUCAUCACCUCAUGCUGUCGCUGUCUGACUCGUUCACUAAUUUAUACUCGUUUUACUCAUCGGUUCCCCCCCUUCAGUCCCGUCACUUCACUCUGAGAUGAUCACAAACUCGUUCCUGUGACACAUAGCCCCUUCAGAGCACAUCGGGCUGGUUCAGGUGUUGGAUUGAAGACGGUCCUGUCCAAAUCCCCCCCCACACCUCUGGCCGUGUAGCUUCACACUUCUGGGUUUCUCUUCAUUUAAGCGUAAAAACUGAUCCCUUUUGUAGAGAUGAGCCGGACUUUUUACCUACGAAGGAACGACAAACUUGUGCUUACAGACACGUUGAGAUGAGAGCGAGGCGGCUUCUGGAUGGAUAACUGUUUCCUGCGCACACUUGGCAGUAAUUCCCAGAAGUCGGUCCACCACAGAGAUCUGCAGAAGAGUUGUGCAAAAAGUAGAAGAGUUUGCAUGAUGACAACAUAUAAUGAAUGUACUUGAUGUUUUCUUCCUCCCCCCUUGCCUUACUACAAAAUGUUUUAAAUGAAUUUCCUUUGCAGGAGAACUCGCAGCUGCUGCCUCACUUUUUAAGUGUUCCUGAUGGACGCAGAGCAGGCCUGGUGUCUGACGUAUACCCUAGAAAGUCCCACGCUUUGCGACUAGCGACGCGCCGAGACGUUUCCGAUCUCCGGUUUUGCUAAAGCUUCUGAUCCCCAUCUAACGGAUUCCGAUUGAAUCUUUAAGAAUCCAAACGAGAUUAAAACAUUUUCUCCCCUAGCCCACCCGAUCAGGGCCCAGCGUUACUGUGUGUACGCGUGCUUGUCAGGCAACUUUGCUUUCGGACUCAACAUUUUAAGCUAACAUCAGAAUUUUAUAUUGGUCCUUAGCGUUGCUAGCGUUAUAAAAACUGAAGUCUCUGUGUGAAUGUUCCAGAAAGGGCAAGGCCGUAUGUUGAAUGCGAUUUUUCAAAGGGCUGAGAAAACUUUUCCGGCACGUCUCAACGACAAGUUCGAAAGCUUUCCAGGAGAAAACGCCGUCUUUCCCCCAAUCUCGGUUCAGCCUUCCUGUCACCUGCCGGCGGUCCCGCUCUCGUGCAGACUGACUGAACCAAAGGUGAGUUUUAGCACGUCCUACCUAGAAAACGCUGUUCCCGUUUUGAAAAGCUUACCCGUACGAGAACGGCUCGCUGCUCGAGACUUCUUCCCUCGGUAACGGCGUCCACACCAAAGAGGGUUAACGAUGGCGCUGCCUUGUAGGCCGGGUUUAGGCGCGGUGCGUCACCUGACCGGGAAAAGAGCCGGCUUUUUGUGGUUCUAACCAGCCGGUCCCCGGGCCAGGACCGAUGGAGAUGGAAAUCAGCCGAGCGCAGACACCAGGCGCUUUCUCUUUCUGGUGCGUAUCCUGUCGUGACGCUACGGGGGCCGAAACUGGCAUUCAGCUCAUGUUGAAGUACAAACUGCAGAAUAUAGGGUGCGAACACGUGUUUGUUCUUGGGUUGAACUGAUUUAGGAUUUGCAUUCUGGUUAACCACACUAACUAGUUGAUGAAGACUAAUUAAAAAAAAAAAAAACACCCAGAUGCUGCUGAUCUGGAACAUGUCCUGUUGUAGCAUAUCUCUGGGACAUAACAGAUGUAGUUUUAAAGGUUGGAAGCGUACUCUUCUGUUAGUUUCUCUCUACUAUGCCCAUACCUGUAUGUGAAUGUGUACAAUUUUGGGUGAUUUAUAUGUACACCAAUGUAAUUCGGAGGCCUUUUUUUAAUGUUUUGUUCAAAGGAGCAAUUUCGUCAUCUCUUCUUUCACUUUCUGUAUAUUAACUUGCACACCUUGAUAAUGCAAUUCUCACCCUGUGGGGUUUCCUUAUAAAAAGUAAGAUGUAUUUAUAUUUAAGCAGCCUUGAAGACUGAUGUGUUUUUGGUUUUUUUCUUUUAAAUGUUUUUCUAAUUUGCAUUGUGUAUUUCUCCUUAUUUUUUUUCUUGCUUUUUUUGAUAUGAAAAGGUGAAACGUCACAAUUACGGCCCCACUAGUACCUUAAUUAUUUUUAUUUUAUGUGUAAAUGGCACCUGCUGGAACCAGAAUGGGGUUCAAGUUAAAUUUCCCGACGUCCUACAGGGACGAUUUAACUGAGUUUGAAUGACAAGCUGAUAAAUGGUACCAUGUGGACUUUUUAAAGUAGCAUUCGUGAGCUGGCUCCAGUUUUUUGUUUAUUUCUUUGCACACAGGAAAUACUGUGCCAACAGUCUUCUGCUCUUCCACUACUAAGAAAUUAGCAGUAACAUAAUUACUAUGCCAUAGGGGGGGAAAAAUACUGAAGAGGAGGAUUCCUGGCUUAUGUGAGAGUCUACCAAUGUAAAAGAAUUAGAAUGCUAUAGUUUCAAAUGAGAAAAGAGGUAAUGUAAACUUACUGAACCUGUUUACAAGAAAAUUCCAGUGUGGGUCUAAGUUAAGAACGAGUGGUGAGAAAAGAUCAAAAAUGUUAUUUUUUUUUGUUUUUUUUUUGAGAAUUUAUAAACUGCAGUAGCUAUAAAGUUGCACAUCGUGAAUCUGCUCCAGUUGGUAGUCCAGGCGAGGUAACUGCAUUGUUGGUGUGUCUAUGAAUGCAUCAUUUCUCUGUGUAGUUCUGUCCCUUCAGUUUGAGACUCCUGCAGUUUUCACAGCGUGCUGCGGUUCCCUAGGAUAUUUGUAAAGGGAGCUCUUGUACCUAUUUUUUUAUUGCAAAUAAAAAGAAACUUAAAUACUGUC